AUGUGCUACAACGACAAGUUGGCUUUUAUAAAGAAGAUAAAGCUAUGCUUGAAUUGCUUUUCGAAGGGACAUGUGGUAAAAGAUUGCAAAAGUGCAUUUAAUUGUUCGAAAUGUCAACGAAGACAUAAUACCUUGCUUUGCAAUACAGGAACUGAAUCGGGUAACCAAUGUAUCACCGCUCCAAAUACACCAGUUCUACAGUCCACAUCCGAAGAUACGCCCCAAAUUUCUAGCGGUGUGACAAUUCAGUCUUGUGCUGCUACCACAUCCAGAAAGGUUCUCCUUGGUACAGCAAUUAUUCACAUCCUUCAUAGAGGUGAGAUAUUUAAAGCAAGGGCUGUAUUUGAUUCUGGUUCAGAAGCUUCGUUCAUUUCUGAACACCUUUUCAACCUUCUUCGACUUAAUAGCAAAAGGAUAUCCGCCCAGAUCUCCGGGCUGAAUGGGUGUGUGUCCGCAUGUUCACAGAAAAUAUGCGACUUAUGUUUAAGUUCACCCAUAGACUCCGGAAUUUUCAUAAAUGCUUCCGCAAUCGUUCUUCCCCGACUGACAUCUUCAUUGCCCACCUUUACGGCUGAUAGCGACAUGUUUUCCCGUUUACCGGACAUUCGUCUGGCGGAUCCUGAUUUCUUUCGAACAUCAUACAUUGAUAUUCUGAUCGGGGCAGACUUAAUUCCUCAGGUAAUGCUUGGUGGGGUGAGACACAAGGUUUGUGGAACACUGAUGGCUCAAGAGACAGUGUUCGGAUGGAUUUUGACAGGGCCUGUUGCUUCUGAUAAUAUUUCCUCCUUUCGAACAACGGUCUCCUACUUUAACGAGUUAGCGCUCGAUGAGAGGAUAUCCAAAUUUUUUGAGAUGGAAGAUAUUCCUAAACGAAAACACAUGUCGGAUGAUGACAAAUACUGUGAAGAGUACUUUGCUGAGUCCACGCGAAGGGGCCCAACGGGCCGAUAUGUUGUAUCAUUGCCAUUCAAGAAAGAGUUUGGAAAUACUUUGAGACUAGGUCCGUCGAAGAGGAAUGUAACGGCCCAAUAUUUUCGGAACGAGAAUCGUUUGAUUAGAACACCAGAUCUGAAGGUACAAUAUGACAAAGUGCUCAAGGAAUACUUGGAACUUGGCCAUAUGAAAGAGGUUCCGUCAAAUCCUUCCCAAGAUGAUUCCAGAUAUUUCCUUCCACAUCAUGCUGUGGUUCGCCCUGACAGCGUGACUACGAAGGUCCGCGUCGUCUUCAAUGCUUCGAAUCCAACUUCGAAUGGUGUAAGCUUGAACGACGUCCUUUACUGCGGACCGUCCCUCCAACUUGACCUGACUAGUUUGCUUCUCCAAUGGCGCUUUUACAAAAUCGUCUUUAACAGCGAUAUUGAAAAGAUGUACCGCCAGAUUUCCGUUAAUCCUAGCCACACACCCUUCCAGCGUAUAAUCUUUAGGGAUGAUCCAAACGACAACCUCCACGAAUAUGAGCUCCAAACGGUUACGUUUGGAUUGAAUUGCGCCCCAUAUCUCGCACUUCGUACAAUUCAACAGCUAGCCACUGACAUUAAGGAUGUUUAUCCGCUAGCUAGUCAUGUUUUAAUGUCGUGUAUGUACGUAGAUGAUGUUAUGGCAGGAGGCCAUGACGUGUCAUCAGCCAUUAAGGUCCAGACAGAACUGACUGCUGCCCUGGAAUCCGCUGGAUUCGCAUUGAGGAAAUGGACCUCCAAUUCAUCCGAAUUCCUUGCUUCCAUUCCUAGGGAACAUUUACUCAAUGAAGAUUUCCUACAGUUUAAUGACAAUAGCACGGCUAAAACUUUGGGCGUAAGGUGGAACGCCAGAUAUGAUUAUUUCUAUUUUUCUGCCAAAGCCAUCAGGCCUAAUGAGAGGCCUACUAAGAGGUUCAUUUUAUCCGAGAUAUCUAAACUGUUUGAUCCCGCUGGCUGGCUUUGUCCAUAUAUUGUACUAGCCAAACUAUUAAUGCGAGAUAUAUGGGCCUCCAAUACCGACUGGGACAGCCCAGUUCCGACACAUUUAUUGACUAAUUGGUUAGAUUUCUUGGCCAAUUAUUCUGAUAUAAAUGACCUCCGUAUUUCCCGUUGGGUACAAUACACACCCGACUGCGAGGUGCAACUGCAUGGCUUCUGUGACGCCUCCGAGAAGGCAUAUGCCGCUACCAUUUAUUCACGCACCAUCGAUUCCAAUGGCAAUAUAAAUACCUAUUUACUCGUGGCAAAGUCCAGGGUAUCUCCUUUGAAAACCGUUUCGAUCCCAAGGCUAGAACUUUGCGCCGCACUUUUACUUGCCGAGACGAUUGAGGCAUUGAUGCAGGUUUUCCCUAUUCCGAAUACGAAAAUCUUUUGCUGGUCGGAUUCCAUGAUUGUCCUAGCAUGGUUGAAGAAACCUGCAUUCCUUUGGAAAACGUUCAUAGCCAAUCGGGUUUCCAAAAUUUCCGAGAUUAUCAGUGGGGACAAUUGGUCCCAUGUGGAAUCUAGACACAAUCCUGCAGACAUUGCCUCUCGGGGUGCUUAUCCGAAAGAGCUUUCCGCAUUUCUAGCUUCCUUUCACAGAUUCGUGUCACGACGAGGGUGUCCACGUAAUCUAUAUUCAGACAAUGGUACCACCUUCGUGGGCGCUUCUAAAGAAAUCUCUCAGAAUUUUCUUCGCUGUUCCCGCGAUUCAAUAUCCGCAAAUUUUUCGUACCAGAGUAUAACAUGGCACUUUAUACCCCCGGGAGCUCCUCACAUGGGAGGACUCUGGGAAGCCGGGGUAAAAAGUUUUAAGCUACAUUUCCGUAAAAUGGCUGGCAAUCAUAAAUUUACUCUGGAAGAGUUCGCUACAAUUCUAGCCCGAAUUGAAGCCUGCUUAAAUUCCAGGCCAAUUUCUCCGGUAUCUGAGGAUCCAAAUGACCUAUUGGCAUUGACGCCUGGUCACUUUCUUACCGGUGGUCCGAUCCUCUCCAUUGCCGAACCAUCGGAGUCCGAUGGCAAUCUUUCCGUUUUAAACCGUUGGCGUCGAGUAAGGGCUCUAUGCCAACAAUUUAGCAUCCGAUGGAAACAUGAAUAUAUCAAAGAAAUUCAUAAACGUAUGAAAUGGCAAACCCCUCAGAAGAACUUAGAAGUUGGCUCUAUGGUCGUUAUUCGAGAUGAUUGUUUACCCCCAAAUGAGUGGAGACUGGGUAGAGUUUCUAAAAUUUAUACUGGGAAAGACCAUUUGUAUGCCUUCGAUAAAAUGUAA